GCCGGUAGCGCAGCCGGCGGCCAAGAGGGCGUCGAAGCGGCAGCGGGCUUUGACGCCGACUCGCUCGCACUUGGGAGCCGAGCAGCAGGCGGCAGUGGAGUGCGACCAGCUGGGGAACGCUGGCGCUGCAGACGAAAAAGACGCUGGGCGACCGGCCCGAGCCACCGCGACCUCGAGUGGGACAUCCGAGAGCGUGGGCGCGGCCGAGGCAGGCCGCGACCGUGUGCUGGAGCGCCGACAGAAGCAUCGCAGGUCGAGAUGCCUUUCGGAGUGCUUGGCUUCGCGCGACACGGGGGGCGCCCUCUUGGAGGGCCGCGCUGUGCCAGCGCGAGUGAAGAUCGACUACCUCACGGAAGUGGCCGCGUUCGCUCAGAGGCUGGGCGUGGAGGAGGGGGAGUUCUGCGAUUUUGACCCCAGCGACCCCCGGCAAAAGCUCGCCCGCUGCUUCGACGCGCUGUACUUCCAGGGGGGGCAGCCGAGCAAGGGGGUGGAGAUCAUCGCCGGGCUGAUGCAUCUUGUGCCCGCCUACAACAGCAUCUGGUGCGCGCUGUGCAACUGCAUGGUGCUGUUGGGGCAGCCGCAGAUGGCGCUGUUCGCGAUGAUCCGCCUGUCUACCUACUUGCGGCCUGCGCAGCUGCUGGGACUGAUGCCCAAGUAUAUUCAGCGGCCUCGCAGGCAGGGAUAUCGGCGCUGGACGUUGCCGAUCAAUCCCGAAGAGCUGCAUCGCCCAAACAAGACUGUGGAGUGCGACCUGUCUUUGGCAGUGGAUUCGAAGUGGUUCGAGCGGUGCAGCCCGCUGAUGGAGACGCUGCGACGACGGCCUCGGGGGUCGAGCGCAUGGGGCUUCAUCUGCAGCCAGUAUGUGACGAAGUUCCGCGAGGCCGCGAUGAUUCUGGGCCUCGAGGAUCUGGUGCCGUGCCAGACGCGCCAUUUGGGGGCCGGCGUCGAUCGGGCGUCAAACGAGCGAAACCUGGCAGAUGUCAUGCGGCGCGGAGGGUGGCCAACUGACAAGUCGGUGGCGCGUUGCGAGAAGGCCGCCCGACUGAGCCACUCUGCGUCGCUCCGUCCCCAGUGGCUGCUCAACCGCGCAGCCGACC